AUGCCCGCCGCAACGGAGGCGCCCUCAGUGGCUCUGUCGUUUGCGAACAACUUCUGGGGCAAAGAUGACGCCGGUGUAGCUCCCAUGCUGGAGCGGAUGGCGGCAGCAAAGCAAACCAACGAUGAGCUCAGGUCGUUCUAUAGCGCCCGUGCGGCUAUCGAAGAAGACUAUGCUAGGAAACUGCUGGCACUGUGCCGCAAGUCACUGGGCUCGCAGGAGAUGGGCACCCUGAAGCAUUCUCUCGACACGGUUCGAGGAGAAGUUGAAAGUAUGGGGAAGCAGCACGCCAGCAUAGCUGCCCAAAUGAAGACCGAGCUGGAAGAACCGCUGGGUGCAUUUGCUGCCGGAAUGAAAGAGCGCCGUAAGAUUGUGCAGUAUACGGUGGAGAAAUUACUCAAGAUCAAAGUGCAGCAAACUGCUGUUGUCAACAAGACUCGUGAUCGGUACGAACAAGACUGUUUGAAGAUCAAAGGCUAUCUCGCUCAAGGCCACAUGGUUAUGGGUCAAGAGGAGCGCAAAAACAAGGCCAAGCUUGAGAAAACUCAGAUCAGCGUUGCGACAACAAACACCGAGUAUGAGAAUGCCGUCAAAGCUCUGGAGGACACCACCGUACGCUGGAACCGGGAAUGGAAGGCUGCAGCCGACAAGUUCCAAGAUCUUGAGGAGGAGAGGCUCGACUUCACGAAAAGCAGCCUGUGGACGUUUGCCAAUGUGUCUUCAACCGUCUGCGUGAGCGACGACGCAUCUUGCGAGAAGAUCAGGCUAUCACUGGAGAAGAUGGAUGUGGAGAAGGACAUCGUCAACUUCAUCACUGAGAGAGGAACUGGGCAGGAAAUCCCAGACCCGCCAAAGUACAUCAAUUUCUGUCGCGGCGACGUUGACGAUCAUGUGUCAGAGGCUUCAGAUGACGACGCAUACUCGGUCGCCCAGUUCCCACGGAGCAUCAACCCAGCAUUCCGCUCGUCUUCACCGCAACCCUCCACCUUUGAAUCACACCAUGACCCGAACUCGGCUCUGGCUCGUGAGAUGGGGCUUCCAGAGAUCAGCCCUGCCACAAGCCGGGAUGCCACUGCCACUCCCCAGAAGGCCUCACCUGCUCAGAUCAUGCCGCUCCGUGACACACGUCCGAGCAACAACAGCGUGCAGCCAUACGGAGCAUUCCGAGAUUCUAGACAGUCGACAUACGGAGAAGUAUCAUCAGAGGCACGGCAAUCCAGAUACGGCGCGCCGGAUACACGUCAACCGGUAUAUGGAGCUGGUGUGGAUGUGAGGCAGCCCCCAUACGCCGCCGGCGGAGGCGAGAUGCGACAGUCCCCAUACGGAGGCGGCGGCGAGACGCGACAGUCCCUAUACGGAGGCGGAGGCGAGACGCGACAGUCCCCGUACGACAGUCAAUCGGCAAGGCGUCCAGCACAAGCUACCCAAUACAUCGAGGCUCCGCCUGCAAGCCAAGAUCCCAGGCCUGAAGCGCGGUCCCAGCAUUCGUACAGCCCUUCCCAGUUUUCGGCGGUCCCCCAUGACCCUUACCCCAUGGAUGGAAUGACUAUGCUAUGCAGAACUGAUGGGCUUAACUCGGCCACUAGUUCUAAUCUGUCCGCUCGACCAGUCAGUCGUGAUGACAAUAGCGACUACUCAAAUCCGACCUCGAUGUCUAGCGUCGAGCCUGCGAGUGGCAAAGUAUCGCCAACAAAGCAACCUGAGCCAUCACCAGCGCCUGAACCCGAGAGGCGCAUGCUUAAGAAGAAGAGCGGUUUCUUCCAGAACCACAGCCCUUUCCGGAGGAAGAGUGUCAAGGAGCUACAAGCAGUGAGCAAUCCGAAUCGGAAUACUUGGGGUCCCACGACUGUGAAGAGUCCGGUAGAGUCCCGUCGGCCUCAAAUCACACCUCAAAUCACACCUCAAAUUACACCUCAAAUCACACCUCAAGUCGCACCCCAAAUCACGCCCCAACGUGAUGUGAAGCCUGAAAGAACCGCUAGCCCAGAUCCGAUCGACGCAAACGCCAGUCUUGCUCUGAAUGUUGGCCAAAACGUAUUUGCGGUGUCCAACACAGAUAGACGCAACAAGCCCGCAGAGACAGAGGAUUCUUCAGUCGAAGACCAGGAUCCUAUCGCGCUUGCCCUAGCUGAGCUAAAGGGGGUAACGUCAGGGAAGCAGUCGGCGGGUCGUAUUUCUGCUGAUCACUAUCACGGCAUUGCGACUCCUGCACCCGAAGCGGAGCGCACCCGACCAUUCUCUCGGUCAGUUCCUGCUCCCAGAACCGACACAGGUGCCGCCACGCCCAAGAUGGCUUCUCCACCUUCUUAUGAUCCGCCAGUGCAGAGGCUCGGUGUCCCGCCACCUGCUGUCACUUCGAAGGCAAUGAAGGAAGCUUCACGCAAGUAUACAGAGCAGACCCAGGCAAUCUUCAGUCGUCCUCAAACAAGCACGUACUCGACCCCACCUACUCGUUCUCCUACAAAGCACUCAGAAGUGCCACGUGCGGCGUCGCCGGCGCCACCGCGGAGCGCAUCCCCGAGACCCAACAUGCACCCAGAUACGCGCCAAGCCGCUCGAUCAGCGUCUCCUAACCCUUAUGCCAAUGCCCAUCAGCGCGCGCCGUCGCAGAUGUCGCAGAGGUCGCAGAGGCCUCAAGCACAACCUCGGGCUUCAGAGCAGAGCUACAGCAGGCAGAACUCGAGCGGCGAUAUCAGGUCGGCAUCCCCUGCAGCGUCUUAUCGUGGUAGCUGGAACAGCCGCCCCGCCAGCCGUGCUAGUCGCAUGGGAGGUAGUGACAUGGCUGUGCAGCUGGCUCCGAUCGGACCUGAUGCCUUUGGGUCAUCCGCCGGCAGCGAAUAUGGAGGCUCUGUCCGUGGCCGCGGCAACGGACGACCUGGCACAAGUGCAAGUAACCGGGGAGCCAUGGGGCUUUAUGACGGGAGGGACCCGGCCCAGGAAGGUUCUCGGCAGAGAAGUAGGAGCGUGGCAGACCCAAGCCGGCAGUAUACUCCGGAAGGCCGCCCUAUUCUUCACUAUGCGCGUGCUCUAUACCUGUAUCAAGCAGCAAUUCCAGAGGAGUUGGGGUUUGCCAAGGGCGAUACCUUAGCCGUCUUGCGGCACCAAGACGAUGGCUGGUGGGAAGCAGAAAUCCACUCUGGAGCUGGACAAGGCCGCAAUGGGCUUGUGCCUAGCAACUAUCUCCAGCCACUCUGA